UUUAUUCACCUGAAAAAUGUCAUCAAGCAAAAAUUCUUCUCCAAGUUCUUCAUAUGAGAGUCUUGAGGUGCCUGAUGAAAUGGAUACCGGUCCAAAUAACGACGGAAGAAAAAGAAAAUUAUUUUCAAAGCAAGCUCCUCCAUUGCCGGCACCGAGAACUCAAAUAGAUUCUCGCCCAAAAUAUGAUCACCAUGAAAACCGAUAUUACGACAUGACGAACAAAAAACGAGGAAUCGCUUUAAUUUUAAAUCAUUACAAAUUUAAAUCCAUGAAAGAGAGGAGCGGAACGCAUUUGGAUGAAAAACGAUUGAAAACUACUCUGAAAAAUUUCGAUUUUGAAAUCAUCAGUGAAACGGAUCUCAAAUACGAAGAAGUCAAAAGCAAAAUUUUUAAAAUUUCUCAAAUGGAUCAUUCGAACAACGAUUGCUUCCUCACAGUUAUCAUGACACACGGCGAAAAUAACAUGCUUUGGGCCAAAGACAAAAAAUAUCCCGUUGAAGAGCUUUACGAGCCAUUUUUCGGCGACAAAUGUCCCUCGCUCAUCGGCAAACCGAAACUUUUCUUCAUCCAAGCAUGUCGCGGCGACAGAAUCACCGAAGCAGUGCGAAAAAUUGAAUUUGAUUCGCCAGAUGCUCCAGCAAAAGCCGUUCCCGUAACUUUUUCUAUUCCAACGAUGGCGGAUCUUCUCGUCAUGUAUUCGACCUUCGAAGGACAUUAUUCGUGGCGAAAUCCCGACAACGGAUCGUGGUUUAUUCAAGCGUUGUGUGCCGAGCUCGACUUGAAUGGCAAAAAUGACGAUUUAUUGACACUUUUAACGGCAGUGACGAGACGAGUAGCUUACGAUUUUGAGAGCAACGUGCCGGGAAACAACAAAAUGCACGCAAAAAAGCAAAUGCCGAGUAUUGUUUCGAUGUUGACGAAAAUUUUGUAUUUUACGAAAAAAUAGAGGAAAUCCCUUUAAAGCCACCCACGUUGUUAAAAACCCUUUAAAAAAAGUCAAAAAGAAGAAUUUUAAUCAAAAAAGGUCAAAAGUGUCAAAUUAAUUUUUUUUUUCAAAGUUUAAUUAUAUUUCAACGUUGAACGGUUGGUAACCCGAAGAAAAAACAACAACAUUAUUCUUUAAUUGUUUUAAAUUAAUUGAAUUCAAUUAAAAAAUAAUUUAGAUGACUAAAAUCGGAAGUAAGAUGUUUAAGCAAUGCAAUAUCGUUUUGUACGAAUUUUUU